UGGCGGUAGCAGUAUCAUGAGGACUGCACAAUCAAAAUGGGGCACAGGACACAAAGCAUUGGUGGUGGACGAUAACCUCAACAUCAUUGAAGCGAUCGAGAUGCACCUGGAGCCCAUCGGUCUGACCAUCGUAAAGGCGCCCAGCGCCAUCAUUGCCACGUCUAUCCUGGGCGUCGAGAAGGAUAUUAGCAUCAUAUUUAUCGAUGCAAUGUUGCCUGGAUUGAAUAUCGAUGAGAUCAAGCAACUCAAGUCCGACCCGUCAAAGAGCAACAGGAAUCCUCCCCUUGUCGUGAUGUGUACCAACAAGCAAAAGAAAUCCUUCUCCAACCAAGGUCUUCAUUUCUUAUUCAAACCUCUCAAAAAGGAGCAGCUGCUCACCAUCACCCACUCGUUGAUAACGAGCCACCAACCGACAAACCUGUACACGACAGCCACAGCCAAUGUCACGCCGCACUAUGCACCAUCGCCCAUGGCAACGAACAUCAUAUCCCAGACGACCAAGCCAGUGGCUGGCGCGCUGUAUACACCCACGAUCAAGCUGCCACAGAUGCUUCAGAGCGGCAUUGGCUCAACUAGAACAACAACACAGCACAAUGUCGCGCCGCUCUCGAGAGCGAUGCAGCAGCUGUCCACCAACAACUCACCGCAGUCCAAUCCCAUCUCGCCGGCCAAGCAAUCAAUGGGCGACUCGACCGCCGCUCCAACAUCAGCAGCGGGAUCAUCCCUUGCCGCGUACUUCAAUCUCAAUACGGCCACGCCAACACACACACCGAGGCAAACGCCUAGGAACUCGCCCCUCGCAUCACCAAUACUGCUUUCGGCGCCUGUGCCACCACUCGCCUUGCUGCCGCCACAAGAGGACCUCCUGUCCAAUGCCAGCAACCCGUCCACAAGCACUCAUAUGGACCUGCUGACGAAUGGGCGGUGUCGAUCCGACACCGCCCAUCCCUCUGUUACCUGGCCUCAACGCAUCCAACACCUCAGACGAUGUGCCAAUAGAGGUGACGCCUGCGUCCGCUUCUGUACAGACGAGCCCCAAGCUGGACGCGACACCCGUGCCCACCCUCCCCGAGAUCGACUUUGA